AUGGCUAUCGAUAGACAGACCCUUGUAUUUUUUAUAAUAAUGUUUAUAUUCUUGUCUUUGCCUUCGGGUAAUGAGCAACCUCAUUCGGACAAGGAUAGAGAAACGUUACAGACAUACCAACAUCUGGUACGUAAUUCGCUGUCGAUACUACACAAUUCAACGUACGAACUGGGGUAUGGGAAUAUUACCGGGUACCAGUUAUCGUAUGAAGACAAGCUACAAGGGAAACUGGUUAUUGACUGGCCAAUACACAAGUUUAGCCCUUCACAUCCCUGGGUGGAGAACCAAAAGUAUUCUAUUUUGCCUGAUGAAGUAAGUCAGAGAGUACGCAAGUUUUGGGGAAUUAGUCCUGUUAAGGACAAGGCGUAUUUGUUGAAUAUAUCUGGAAGAGCUGAUGGAGAGUUUCAAUUGAUAGAGAGCAAAGUCAAACCAACAAAGCUAUCCAUCCCAAAGUAUUUGAAAGAGUAUUACAAGUCCCGGGAGAAUUCGUUUACCAGUGAUGAGCCGGCAGAAGAUAAUCGUGAAUAUUUCAAGAAACCGAUUGAUAGAAAGGGGAAUGUUACUACUGAUGAAGGGGUUGUGUCGAUAGCAAUUAAAGGGUCGCAGUACAAUUUUGACGACCCCAAACUUUCAAGAUUUGUUAGCCCACAGGAUAGAGUUGGCAAUGCUAUAUGUGUGUCUAUGGAUUUAGAUAUUAAGGAUUAUCCUGAAAUUGAAGAUCACAGUUUGGUAUUGAAUGGGGUUUAUUUUCAAGAUACGGGGUCAUUAAUUGGAGUUACUAAUUCUGCUAAAUUUUAUGGAAAUUAUGGACUAAGUCACCUAACCAUGAGCAAUAAAAACUUUGAAAUAGCCAAAAAACUUAUGACCCAGUUUAGUAAUAUGACAAAUGAUAAUGAACUUACAAUGGAUGACUUGAAUUAUGGUAUAGUUAAAGCGCACGAGCAGUGUGAAUACAUUGCAUUCAUCCAAUUUGCAAAAACAAAUUUCACCCACGAACGGUUGAGGGAGAUAGACGAAGAGUUGAAAACACCUACUGGCAGACCAUUGCCUCAUGAGAUACCAAAGAUUGUUAUUGAAGAGUAUUUACUUUACUCGCCAGAUUGUGGGAAAGUAUUGUCUCUGAAGCCUGGAAGUGUGUUUUCGGGAAAAAAGACUGAGGUUACUCGAGCACAAAUGAGGAAUGUAUUAACCGGGAUAUUGGCGCUAGUGGGGCUUCAGUUAUUCUUAGUGUUGCGCCAGAUUAAGAAUGCGCAAACUCCAGGACAGUUGUCACUUAUUUCCAGCAAGACAUUGUUUUUGCUUGGUUAUCAGGACUCAUUGGUGGCAAUAAUGACAUUGUUGCUUUCAACCAUAACGGUUGAGCUCUAUCUUAUUUUAGCGUGUAUUGCCACAAUUGCGUUUAUUCUGUGUGGUGUAUUUGAAAUGAGAUUUAUGGUCAGUGUGUUGACGACCCAGGCCAAUGAGAGGGGGACUAGUUGGUGGGAGAUAUUACGAGGUGCCAAUGCUGAGCGUGAACGACAAGUGCCAGAUGAAGGACCAAUCUUGCCAAUUGCCAACGACCCACCGCAAGAAACUGUCCCUAAUCAGGCGUGGCAGGAAACAUCGUAUAGCAAUUCGAUAUUUGCUAGUGGGUUUUCUAUAACAAUUGUUUCUAUGUUUGUCAUAUUUUCGUCGUUGCAGUGGAGAAUACAGUAUAGAAAGAUAUUUGAGUAUGUGGGAUUGGUGUUUAUCAAUUCAUUUUGGGUGCCCCAGUUUUUCAGAAACACUUUGAAGAACAGACGCAAGUCGUUUGCCUGGGAAUUUAUUUUUGGGACAAGCGUGAUACGACUCUUGCCUAUCUACUAUUUUGCCUUGGUCAAGGGUAAUCCAUUGAGACAUCGUUAUGACCCUGUUUUGUGUAUUGUGGUAAGCGUUUGGAUUGGCUUACAAUUAUUGUUGUUGGUGUUGCAGAAUCAGUUGGGACCAAGGUUUUGGAUUAAUGAAAAGUGGUUACCAAAGGCGUAUGAGUACCAGAGGUUGUUGUCGAUGAAGGAUUUACAAGAAGAAGGGUUUUCAAGCGAGUUGCUUGAAAAUUUGAAAGCAACAAUGAGUCAACUGGAGGAUCAAGAUAUUGUCACAUCUCAAUGUGUGUGUCCAAUAUGUAUGACCGACGUGGAUUUGCCUAUACUGGUGAAAGAGGACAAACUUGAAGAAGCAAAAAGAAAGGUAAACACCAAAGGGUUUAUGAUAACGCCAUGUCAUCACAUUUUUCACACCGAGUGUUUGGAGAACUGGAUGAAGUAUAAGUUGCAGUGCCCUGUUUGUAGAAAGAGCUUGCCACCAAUAUAG